UUUUAAUUUCUUCAAAAUUAUUAAAUGUAUUUGGAUUAUAUUAAUGCUAAUAGCUUUUAAAAUUUUGAUAUUUAUUCAAUUAAUCAAAAAAUUCAUUUAACAAACACCACGAAAAUAGUAUAAUAAAAAAUGAGUACCAACAAUAAUUAGACAAACGCAAAUUCUAAUUCAAACCAAGCAAGACUUUAGGAUAAAAAAAGAACUCAAGCAGCUUAACCUAGAAAUUAACCUAGAAGAUAAGAACAAAAAAAUCAAAAACUACCUGAUGAGAUGGAAAAAGAGGUAAAAGACGCUUUCUACUUUUAUGAUCCUGACAAAUUAGGUUAGAUCAAUAGAACAUAAUUGAGAUCUAUUUUAGGUAACUUUGCUUUUACUAGUAUGAACGUUAAAGAAAUAGAGGAAGAAAUUAGAAAAGAUUAUCCUUCAAACAAAACCUCAUUUAGUCUUGAAGAGGUUUUAAGCAUUAUAAGUAAAAAAUGGUUCUUUGGAGGUGGCAGAGAAUAAGAAGCGAAUGAAAUUUUCAAACUUUUUGACAGAAAGGGUAAAAAUGGUGUAAAUUUGUAAGAUAUUAAGAGUCUGUUUGGAUAGUAUUUAGAUAUAGUUAUUAGUGAUUCUGAUAUAAUAGAAUUCAUAUAAGAAGCAGAUACAGACCAUGAUGGAAUUCUAGAUAAAAAUGACUUCUGUUCAAAGCUUGGAUAUAUAUGAAAAUUAAAGGAAUAGCAAGGUUUUUUAAAAUGAUUGGUGUUGACUGACUGAUUGAUAUGUCUUCAUAAAAAAUUAAAUAACUAAUUAAAUAUUUGUAAAAAGUAUAUACACUCGUAAUAUCAAUCGUAAAGUUAAUCUUUAAAUAAAAAAUUGUGAGAAAUUAUAAUUU